AUGCCUACCAAUAAAAGGCGCUUUGAGGUGAUCAUACUAGGGUGUUCUGGAGGUCCGAUUUCUGGGAAAACCUGCUCUUUCCUCCUCAAACCCGCAGAUGUGGAAACAGUAGACAUUAUCCAAAGUGAUGAGGACAAUGGCUGCCUUCUUGCCCUUGAUGCCGGGAGCGGAUUAUCCAAUAUCUUGGAUAUAUUGGACAGCAAAGAUAAAUGCACCAGUUUUCAGCUCUCCAACGCAUCUUAUUUACUUGAUUUGUAUCCAGCCAGUGACAGUGAUAAUGGUAACAAUGGUGAUGCUUAUCGAAUCAGUGACUAUUUAAACCUGGAGAACAUGUUAUUGAGAAUACCUUUCCAGUCAGCGGAUUCCAAAUCAUUGAACAAAUCAAAUUAUCAAAUUGCAGAUUUAUUGUUGAAUAAGAUUAAUGGCUAUCUUAUAACUCAUUCACAUCUAGAUCACGUUUGCAGCUUAGUAAUUAACUCUCCCGGUUUCACCAAGAAAAAAGAAGUUUACGGAUUAGAAUCAACUAUAGAACCAAUUAGGAAAGACUUAUUUAAUAACUCCAUAUGGCCCGACUUAGUGUCAAUGGGUAUUAUAUCAUUAAACUAUUUAGAGCAUAAUCAACCAUCACGAAUGAUUUCACCGCGAUAUGAGGUAACGGCUUUUAGAUUGUCGCAUGGGAAACUAUGUCAAGAUAACAGACGAUUUAUCAGUUCAGCAUUUCUUAUAACAGAUUUAAAGUAUGAUUAUAGCAUGUUGUUUUUCGGAGAUGUCGAAUCAGAUUUAUGUUCAGGAAUAGAUUAUAAUUUGUUUGUUUGGGGUAAAAUUGCUCCUUUGAUUAGAGACGACAAAUUCAACACAAUAUUUAUUGAAUGUUCGACAGUAGAUAAGCCGGGGCCGUUGUACGGACACUUAACUCCUAGUAACUUAAUAUAUGAACUUUUGAAUUUGAGGAAGUCAAUAGUUUGUUUAGACAAUACAUCAGUUUCAAAUUUAAGUUACGAUGAUCCAUAUUUUCAACAUCUGAAGGUGCAGCCCUUACGCGGUCUAAAUGUAAUUAUUAUUCAUGUUAAAGAAACAACAGAUAAUGUCAACCCAAGAACAUUAAUAUUGGAAGAGGUGGAAAUAUUGAAUAAAACACAUCAUUUACAAAUUAAUUUUUCCAUUGGUUUAUCUGGUAUAUCGUUGUUAUUAUGA